UAGAGAUAACAAUGGUUGAUUAAUCACUUGUGUGAAUAGCUUCCAUCACAUGGUAUCUAGCUGGUAUCAGAGAAGAUAUUUCAUGUCAACGACAGUGUGUUUGCCCAGUGUUAUUGUGUGCAUUCAGUCUCAUUGCUUCAUAGUAACUUCACGAAUAUGUCAGUUGCUGUGGUAGGAGCCGGCAUAGUAGGUUUAACCACUGCUGCUCAUAUACAAGAUUUGUUACCAAAUGUUAAGGUAACAGUUAUAGCAGACAAAUUCAACACUGAAACGACCAGUGAUGGAGCUGCUGGUUUAUUUUACCCAGAAUCAAACUUUAAAGGACCUACCCCUUCCAGUGCAAAGGAGUGGACCAAAUAUUCCUAUAAAUAUUAUGAAGACUUCUUGAACCAAGAUUGUGGAGUUUUUGAAAUUUCUGGCUAUGUGCUGUCGACAAUUUCAGAAGACGAAGUAAAAAAUGAUUUAAUGGAUGGUGCUGUCCCUGAACAUCGCCCUGCUACACGACAAGAGAUGCUCCAUUACCUGGGAAACUGGAAGUACGGUACCUUCAUGAGAACUCUUCUUAUUCGAUGCAGAACCUUCCUACCUUUUCUCAUAGAGAGGAUAAAGUCAAAAGGAGGUCAUAUAAUGAAGAAGAAGGUUGAAGACUUAUCGGAGCUGAAAGGCAGGUACGAUGUUGUAGUCAACUGUACAGGAUUACAAGCUAAGUUUCUCUGCGGAGACGACGUAGUGGCACCUUUACGAGGACAGAUAAUUAAGGUGAAGGCACCGAACAUUGACCGUUUCCUCUUAACGUCGGAGUUAUCCUACAUCAUACCGAACUGUGACGGACUAGUCACUCUGGGUGGCACCAAACAAUUAGGUGUCUGGAACACUUCCAUUAGCGCUCAUGACUCUAAGGGUAUCAUGUCUCGCUGCACUGCGAUAUUACCCGAGUUAGAAAAUGCACCAGUCGCUUGGGAGUGGGCAGGACUUCGGCCAUACCGUCAGUCUGUGCGCUUGGAGCCAGAAAUACGAGACGGUCUCAAGAUUGUGCACAACUACGGACAUGGAGCCCAAGGUGUAACCACGGCCCCAGGCUCAGCAAGAAAUGCAGCAAAGUACAUCCUACAGUUGCUUCAAGUUUGACCCAAAUUGUGAUCUACUCAGCAACUACAAUUGUAAUUUUUGUUAUUCCAGAUUGUGCACAACUACGGACAUGGAGCCCAAGGUGUAACCACGGCCCCAGGCUCAGCAAGAAAUGCAGCAAAGUACAUCCUACAGUUGCUUCAAGUUUGACCCAAAUUGUGAUCUACUCAGCAACUACAAUUGUAAUUUUUGUUAUUCCAGAUUGUGCACAACUACGGACAUGGAGCCCAAGGUGUAACCACGGCCCCAGGCUCAGCAAGAAAUGCAGCAAAGUACAUCCUACAGUUGCUUCAAGUUUGACCCAAAUUGUGAUCUACUCAGCAACUACAAUUGUAAUUUUUGUUAUUCCAGAUUGUGCACAACUACGGACAUGGAGCCCAAGGUGUAACCACGGCCCCAGGCUCAGCAAGAAAUGCAGCAAAGUACAUCCUACAGUUGCUUCAAGUUUGACCCAAAUUGUGAUCUACUCAGCAACUACAAUUGUAAUUUUUGUUAUUCCAGAUUGUGCACAACUACGGACAUGGAGCCCAAGGUGUAACCACGGCCCCAGGCUCAGCAAGAAAUGCAGCAAAGUACAUCCUACAGUUGCUUCAAGUUUG